ACUUCCGGUUAUCGGCAUGGGGAAAAAAUUGGGAAAAUGCAAAAGUCAACAAAAAUAAUUGAAUACUAAUUUCCCUUUUCAGUUUUAUUUGAUUAAGAUGUCUGCAGAAAGUCAGCCAACCCCUCUUUCGACUGCUGCACAGUUCUUCAUGGACGAAGAAGAGGGCAGCACGUCCACUUACGAUAGGGUUGUUGAACUGGUCAACCAGGCUACUUUGAUGCAGAAAGAUGUACAAAAGAUUGGGAAUUUAAGACAGGUACAAGAAUUAAUUGUACACAAGGAGCCAGGAUUAUUGGAUAACUUUCUUGAGGAAAUGCUAGCAUUCCAGAGUGACAAAGGAAAUGAAGUGAGAAAGUUUAUUGUCAGCUUUAUUGAAGAAGCAUGUAAAAAGGAACCAGACUUGUUGGGCAAGUGUAUGCCCUGUCUUCAAGUGUUACUGCAGGACGAGAAUGUCAAUGUUCAGAAGAAGACAAUACUGGUUCUACCUAACAUUUAUAGGACUAUUGUGUGGUGGCUCAUCAAAUCUAAACCAGGGAAUGAUGAGGAGAAAUCAUUUGUAUGGGAGUCUAUGAAGGCAAUGAAAAAUAAGAUGUAUGAACUAAUAGAUUCAGAAAAUGAUGGAAUUAGAACACAUGUCGUGAAGUUCUUUGAAGGUUAUGUCUUAGCUUUAUCAAGGAAAACAUCUGAAUCUGAAGUACCUAAAGGUAUGACACCUGAGAAAGCCCUCACUUUAGAUGAUAUACCUAAUGAACAUAAGUUUCUGAAGUUAAAACGUUUAGAAGAAGAAGGAGCUAAAGGAUUUGAUAUCAUGUUGAGGUUCCAAGCUUCUCCCCAUAUAUCUAGUAUAAAUUUAAUGACAGUGAUGGGAAGUAUUACAACGAUUGCCAAACAGCGACCAGAUUAUUUUAGUAAAGUAGUUCAAGCAUUUGAGGCAUUACAAGUAAAUUUACCUCCAACACUGGCCAAAUCUCAAGUUAGUAGUGUGAGAAAGAAUCUAAAGAUGCAUAUGUUGUCUUUAUUGAGACAUCCAGCUUCUCAGGAUUAUAUUCCACAGAUAACAACACUACUUACUGAUCUAGGAGCAACCAACUCUGAGGUGAUGAAAAGUAUGCCAAAGAUAGAUGAAAGUAGGAAAAGGAAAGCUGAAGAGGCAUCAGCACCUGCUAAAAAGGCUAAAGUUGAGAUUGAACAAGAAGAGGAUUACUUAACAACUCCAUUUGUAGAGAGGGGUACAACCUCUGUUCUUAAACAGAAACCAGCAGAUUUACAACAUACAGCUAUAGAUAUUACCUCUAAUGAUUUAUAUGAGAGGUUGACACCACAUAAUGUGGCUGAUCUGGUUCUGAUUAGUAUGGUCAUGUUACCAGAGACAAUGCCAGCACAUUUCCAGUCUACAUAUACCCCUAUAGCUGCUGCAGGAACAGAGGCACAGAAGAAACACAUGGCUAGAUUAUUAGCCACACAGCUUACUACUGCAGGCAUGGGAAAAGGAAUACGGGAAGUUCAGAAACAGCAAUCAGAUACCAGUAAAGAGGAUGGAAGUGCCUCACCAGAAUAUCAACCCACAUCACCAAAACAGACUAUACAGACAGUUGUUGGUGGUUUAACGGCACAGGAGAUAGAAGAUCAUAUAAUAUCUAGACCGUCCAUGCCAGCUCCUACACUUCCUGUAAAAAGAGGAAUUAAGAUAUUCAAACUUGGAGCCAUUACACAGCCCCUAGAUAGAGACCGGUUAGAUAACAUGACAGCCAGUGCCUUUAAAAGGAUACUUAAAGCUGAGAAAAAUGCGGCCAAAGGAAAUGCUUUACAAGCUAGGACAAAACUGUUGGCCAGUUUGACUUCUCAAUUUGGUGGAGAACUGAAAAACUUACUUCAGGAAUAUAUAUUUGAAGACUUGAGGACACACUCAGACCUAGCUUUUGCCUGGUUGUACCAAGAAUAUGCUAAUUGUCAGGGAUUUUGUGCCAGUAGUCUAGGCAAUGAGAGGUUAUCUAUGGCAAGCUAUGAUGAAUGUUUGACAAGAUUGUUGUCUGGUUUGAUGGAAAGACCAGAACAUCCUACUCAAGGAUUGUUCCACCGGUUACUUCUAGAGGCUCCAGCAAUUACAGACAAUGCUUUAGAGAUACUGAGGAGGUUCUUUGUUGAUGAGUCCAAGGUUGUUGGAGGAAUGAACACAUUGAAGGACCUGAUUCUAACUCGACCAGAACACAGAUUGAGAUUUUUAGGCAUACUGUUAGAAUCAUGUUCACAUGAAAAGCCAGAGGUCAGAGGUGUUGCCAUCAGAGUCACAAAGAAAUUAUAUGAGAAUGAGAAUCUUCGUGGUCCUAUUGAGAAAUAUGCUCAAAGAACACUGAAAUUAUUGUUAGAUCCAAAACCACCACCAGAAAUAUUUGGUAAUUUAAGAAACAAAGAGUUUAUACCAGAUGCAUGGACAGAAGAUGUCAUUAAAAUGUGUUUAUACCUGUAUCUAGGGCUUCUACCUUGUAACCACAAACUCAUUCACGAAUUAGCGGUUAUUUAUACAGGUGCCAUUGCAGAUAUUAAACGUACAAUCCUGAGAACUUUGGAAACACCUGUAAAAGGUAUGGGAAUGCAGUCUCCAGAGUUACUGACCCUGGUAGAAAGCUGUCCCAAAGGAGCAGAAACACUGGUUACCAGGGUUAUACAUAUACUAACAGAUAAAGCUACUCCAUCACCAGAACUGGUUGAAAGAGUAAGAGAUCUCUACCACAAGCGGGUACCAGAUGUCCGCUUCCUCAUUCCUGUUUUGAAUGGAUUAACAAAGAGUGAAAUAAUAGCUGCUCUGUCCAAGCUGAUUAAACUGAAUCCCAUUGUAGUUAAAGAAGUAUUUAACAGAUUACUGGGACAUGGUGAUGCUGCCUACAAUUCUCCUUUAUCCCCUGUGGAGCUGUUAAUUGCCUUACAUAAUAUUGAUCCUACAAAAUGUGACAUGAAAACUAUCAUCAAAGCUACUAACCUAUGUUUUAGUGAGAAGAAUAUUUACACCCAGGAAGUCUUGGCCGUUGUGAUGAAGACAUUGAUGGAACAGACUCCUAUUCCUACUUUGUUUAUGAGGACGGUUUUACAAUCAUUGUCAAUGUACCCUAGAAUAAUAGGUUUUGUUCUGAAUAUCUUACAGAGACUUAUCACAAAACAGGUAUGGAAACAAAAGAAAGUUUGGGAAGGAUUUAUACGAUGUUGUCAACGCACCAAGCCUCAGUCUUUUGCUGUCAUGCUACAGCUACCAGCUCCCCAGCUUAAAAGUGUGUUUGAUACUUGUCCAGAACUGAGGGAGCCAUUGUUAGAUCAUGUCAAUACAUUUACAGCACAUCAGAAAGCAUGCAUACCUAGAACCAUCAUGAAUGUCCUUGAGAAAGAUCCCGAAGAAGAGAAGAGAAAACAGGAGGAAAAGAGAAAUAUUGAAGAAGGACAAAACUUUAUCAUGUUACAACCUCAUCAAAUCAAGCUAGAAAAAACAGACAGUUUUGAACCAGCAUCACAAUUUAUGCCUCCGCCAAAAGAUGUAACAGAAAUAAGAACAGUACAGGUGCUGAGUGACGGCAAUCGUAAUAUGGACGGGGAUCGUCAAAGACAGGAGGCAGAGAAAUCAAGGUCGUCAGAGGAAAUACAACAGGAUGAUGAUCGAAGAAAGAGAGAGGAUGAUAGACGUAAAGAAGAUGAAAGAAGAAAAAGAGAUGAAAAAAGAUCAACAGAUCCAAGGAGAGUAAAGUCUGACAGAGAUGUGAUGAUGAGAGAUGUAUCUCCAGAGAAUACAUUAGCCAUUGCUGAGGAACCAAUGGAUACUACUGAUUCUCUAUCAAGAAGAGAAUCAAGGAGAGAUAGGCCUAGACAUUGAAGACAUUGUGUUUGAAAUAAGUGUUCUCUAAAAUGAACAUUUCAUCGCUAUAUUUUUUCAUCCUUUAUGUUUUUGUUAAGAUUAUUGUUUGUGCUAUACAUGUCCAUAUUUGUCAAUAAAGUAGUGCUGUAUCAAAUAUU